CUAGGGUUAAAACUGAAAGCAACUUGACAGUCCCAGGGCUCAGUGUUGAUUUUCGGCCAGGAAAUACUGAGACCAGCGUCAGAGUGCACACAGGGUAAGCUCUGGGUAACUGCCCACCUCUGGGGAGAGAGACACUUGCACGGUCUGCGAAGGGCACGUCUCCCGCCUCCCCUCCAGGCCCGAGGGACUUCUGUCUGGGCUUGGUCCCAGUGGCGCAGGAGAGAGGGAGCCAGACCAGGUGGUGGCGGGGGACCCAGGAGAGCUUCCCUAAUUGGCCAUCAGAGGCCCGAGUCCCCGCGCUGCCAGGUGCAGAGGACCCGGCCCAGCAGCGACCCCGAGGCAGGAGCCUCGGCACACUGCCUGCCUGAGGGGGACAGGAGCUGAGCAGGGUGAAGGAGCCCCGCGUGCCCCCUCCCCAGGACCUACAGCUUGUUGCGGCUGGGACCCCAGUGUGGACCCUGGCUGCUGCCCACACCACUGCACUGCUCGGGACCCAGGACCGACCUGUGCUGGAGCCCAGAGGCCUCCCCUCCCCCUCACCACCUUCAGCACAGACCAGGAUGGGGAGCACGAACCCCAAGCACACAGGCCUCGGUAGAAGGGCCAGGGUCCCCUGGGACACUGGCACAGGCUUUCUCGGUGGUCGCAGUGGAUGACCCGAGAGCCUGACGAGGCUGUCCUGGGAACCGGCCAGAGGCAUGAAGCUGAGAAGCUUGUGGGACUUGCAGCCUAGGCAUCAGCCUGCCUACAGUCUGUCCUGGCCUUGGUCCUCGCCUGUGCCCAAAUAUCCGGUCUGGCACAGAUCGCGGUCUACAGCCGAGAGACACCUCCCUCUCCACGUCACACCACUGGUUACUGAGCUCAGGACACAGUGAGCUCACCUGGAAGGGGACUCAGGAAGCAGCAGCUCCUGGUGAUGGGCAGCAUGGCACUGACAGGUUCCUGUGACCCAUGGGAUGUGUGAUCAUGAGACUAUGACCUUCUCCCUUUCCUGCCUCCACCGGCCUCUCUGCACAGCUGUCCCAUCUCAGGGCCAUGACAACUCACAGACAUGGGAACCUCUCAGCAAUGCCCUUUCAGGAGUUUGUGCUGGAGGGAUUCAGGGGAGGCGUGGAGACCCAGGCCUUGCUCUUUGCCAUCUUCCUGGCCCUGUACGUGGUGACCGUCAUGGGCAACCUCACCAUGAUUUCAGUCAUCAGCCUGGAUGCCCGCCUGCACUCGCCCAUGUACUUCUUCCUCAAGAACCUGUCCUUCCUGGACCUCUGCUACUCAUCUGUCAUCACCCCCAAUGCCCUGGUUAACUUCUUCUCCUUUUCCAAGGUCAUCAGCUUUACUGGCUGUGCCACCCAGCUCUUCUUUUUCUCUUUACUCAUCACCACUGAGGGAUUCCUCCUGGGAGUAAUGGCCUAUGACCACUUCGUGGCCAUCUGCAGCCCCCUGAGCUAUGCCAUGACCAUGUGCCCCACAAGAUGUACCCGUCUGGUGAUGGGAACCUACUGUGGAGGCUGCUUCAACUCCAUUGUGCAGACCAGCCUCACCUUCCAGCUCCCCUUCUGCAGCUCCAACCGCAUCAACCACUUCUUCUGCGACGACACGGCUCUCAAUGAGCUGGUCAUGUUUGCUAUCUGUGAACUCAUCAUUGUGGGCACCACUCUUGUGGUCCUCAUCUCCUAUGGCUACAUCACAGUGACCAUCCUCAGGAUGCGUUCAGGGUCAGGGAGACAAAAGGUCAUCUCCACCUGUGGCUCCCACAUGACAGCCAUGUCCUUGUUCAUCGGGACAGUGUUUGUCAUGUAUGCACAGCCAGGGGCUGUGGAGUCCAUGGAGCAGGGCAAGGUGGUCUCCAUCUUCUACACCCUGGUCAUCCCGAUGCUCAACCCCCUCAUCUACAGUCUGCGGAACAAGGAUGUGAAGGACGCCCUGCGGAGGCUGGGACAGAGGCAGGCGGCCCUGUGAAGGGGUGGUCCGUGAGAGACAGUGUCCUGGGGCAGGAACAUGGCUCCAAGGGACCACUGUGUGAGUUGAGGACAUUGAUUUCCUUCCUUCCUUUCUUUUGUACCCUCCCGGCCUCCCUCAUUUCUUUCUCUUUUCCCUCUUUCUAGCUUUCUUUCAUCCAUCCAUCCAUUUAGGCAGCACUUCUUGAGAGCAUAUCAUGGAGCAGAUAUUUACUAAGAGGAAUCAAUCAUGUUUUUUCCUUCCAGAAAAUAAAUGGUGCAGAGAUAGA